CUAUAAAAAGGUUAAUAUUGUUUGGAUACACCCACGCCCAACACAUUUUUGUCGCCUUUGAAGGAAAAAAACCUGAGUGCUUUCAACUGCUAGCCAGACCACUACUUCGGGCAAAGAUCUUGCACGUAAGAUGGGACAGAAUGGUGAAGGAAGUAAUUCAAAUGAUGUCGAAGCUGAACGCAGAAAGCAAUUAGUCAUUGACAUACCAGACAACUUAGAGCCUUUACUAUCGCAGCCAGCUUUAUGGCCAGAAAUUUGUAUCUACAGAGUUCCAAGAAAACUUCGAGCUAUAAAUCCGUCAGCCUACACUCCUCAAAUGAUUUCCAUAGGCCCUUUUCAUAGAAUAUAUUUGGCAGAAUUCUGCAGAAGGACUGGCAAGACUUGGGUUGAGCUUGAAAACAAAAUUAGAGAAUACGAAUUAAAAAUCCGUCACUGUUAUGAUCAAACAUUUGAGCAGUAUGAACAGAACAUGUUUGUAAGAAUGAUUCUAUUGGAUUCUGUGUUCAUCAUCGAAUUUUUCUUGAAAAGAGAGACAACAGAAGAAUCAGAAGAAUAUAAAGCUGAUUAUAUAUUAGGAAAACCAUCUAGCGAAGAUGCCAUAUUAGAAGAUUUGAUAUUGCUGGAAAAUCAGCUGCCUUAUUUUGUGCUUGAGAAUUUAUAUGAAUUUGCUACUGGAAAUUCUGCUGAUUUUCGUCGGCUCGUGAUGUUCAACUUAUCGGAAAAACUACCUGGAUAUUUUCUAGUAGAUACUGAGAGAGAGUGUGGAAUUGCUAUUCAAAAUGGUAAUAAUUUGCUUGGGGAGCACAAAUCAGUGGCUGAGAUGGUGAAUAAGCUUUGUCUUGAAAUUAAAACACGUGGGUCUUGUUUCUAUGGAGUAAGUGUGGAUCUUAAUAAACAUUAUGAGAAUUGUUGGUUUAAGACUGGCGCUAGCAUGAGAAGUGUAUAUUUUAGCAAUCUCUGGAGAGGGGCUGGAACUGUUGUAGCACUUAGUAAGUGUCUGCUCGGUUUGUGAUUUGUAUUUGUUUUCCAACUUUUGACAUUCUAAUAAGAGUUUGCUUUAUCUGCAUUGCAAA